CGCCGGGCCGGGCACAGCCGCGCCGGGCACAGCCGAGCUCGCGCGGGCAGCGCCGCGCCACCGCCGGGGCUGGCGGAACGCGGGAGAGCCGUGCCGGACUGUGGCGUCCUUUCCCUGGCUGUCCUGCGAGCGAGGCACCUGGAGGGGCAGCGACGGCGCCCGGAGCGGUGGGAGAUUUUGGCCGGAAGGAUUAAAUCUUUGCAUCUCUGUAAAGAAAUUUGGGAAGGGAUACUCACAUACACCUCUGGAUCUUGAGCAAAGAAGAUAAAUGACUGCAUUUAGGCUGUGGUCUGGAUGAAUGGGUGAAAAGCCUGGUGCUGAUCCAAGUGCUUCCCAUUUGGAAGACUGUACAGAAGUGAGGGGAAGGCUGUGGUAGGAUAGAAAGCUGAGGUGCUCAUCAUCUUCUAAGAAUAAGCAGUGAACAAUCCUCCUUACGGCAACAGUUGUAUACUGAAUUGGAGAGGAGGCUGGCAGUCCUUGGAGGAGGUAUCACAGUUGGCAAAGAAAACAGGUUUUUUCCUCCAGUGAGUACUGCAAGACUACUGAUUUAGAGCUCUGGAGUGUGGAUGAUUGCCCUGCCCCAGGGACAUGAAGCCUUUUGAGGAGGCUUUCAAGAGGAAGAGCUAAUAGGUUGCUCCAAAGUUGAUACGAGCUUCUCUGGGAAAAAGAGCAGGGCCUGGAGGACCUGUGAUAGGGAGCAACUCUUUUGAGAUACCUGCAUUAAAUCUCAGACGUGCAUUUCUGCCAGCUGCUGCAGAGCAGAAGAUUAGCAGACAUGUCCAUAGCACUCAAGCAAGUCUUUAAUAAAGAUAAGACUUUCCGUCCGAAACGCAAGUUUGAGCCUGGAACCCAGAGGUUUGAACUUCACAAACGAGCGCAGGCGUCUCUCAACUCAGGCCUGGACUUGAAAGCAACCGUGCAGUUGCCCAGUGGAGAAGACCAAAAUGACUGGGUGGCUGUUCAUGUGGUUGACUUCUUCAAUAGGAUCAACCUCAUUUAUGGAACUAUCUGUGAGUUCUGCACAGAGAAGACCUGCCCAGUGAUGUCUGGAGGCCCUAAGUACGAGUACCGGUGGCAGGAUGACUUGAAGUACAAGAAGCCCACAGCAUUGCCAGCACCCCAAUAUAUGAAUCUUCUCAUGGACUGGAUCGAGAUGCAAAUCAACAAUGAGAACAUAUUUCCUACAAGAGUAAGUGUUCCCUUUCCAAAGAACUUCCUUCAGAUCUGCAAGAAGAUUCUCUGUCGGCUUUUUCGUGUGUUUGUUCAUGUCUACAUCCAUCACUUCGACCGUAUCAUCCUCAUGGGGGCUGAGGCCCACAUCAAUACCUGUUACAAGCACUUUUAUUACUUUGUGACAGAGCUCAACCUCAUAGACCGCAAAGAACUAGAGCCUUUGAAAGAGAUGACAACCAGGAUGUGUCACUAAAAACUACCUACUGAAGAAAAGUAAAGUCCAAUUUCCUUCCUGCUGCAGAGUUCAAGAAUGUGACAGCCCUCACGGACUGAGCCUGCUUGUUAAUCCCUGAAAGUUGGGAACCACAGUUACUUGCUUCCUUCCACUGUCAGUGUUCUUAACCCUGAAGAUGCUGCUAAGAACCUCAUCUGAGCAACAUAGAUUACUGAGAAAAAGAAUAGUCAUAUUAGUUCUAGCUCCUUUAUUAGGAAUAAGAACCUCUUCAGCCACAAACAAUGGCAGUGCUUCUGCUGCUAAAGCUUUAUUGAAAUUUAGGUCCCUGGGCUGGCCUCCAGAUUCGUUGUUUUCAAAUGAAACUGUAUGGUUAGCUGCAAUCUUACUUUCCUUUUCUUUUGUUUCUUGGUAUGUGCUUUCUUUCCUAACUGCAGCAGACUAUUAAGAGAUUCUGGAACUGAAGAAGACUUAGCCUUUAAUGCCCCCCACCCUGCACCAGGCCACCCAAGGCUUGGCCCCCAUUCCCAAAUGCCAGUGAGCCUUGUGUUUCCAGGAAGACAGCCAUGUCCCUCAGCUGAUCAGUCAGUUUGUUUCAUUGUGACUCCUAAUUGAAUGACAAUGGGAGGGUUUUCGAUCUCAAUUACAUGAGCAGGAAUCCAGAUGUAGCUAUGCAGUGCUGAGGUAUUUUCUUUCAAUUUAAGCUGUGACUGACAGCAAAUCUGCUCAGUAUCUCUGCUGUAGUCAGCAUUUUCCUGAAGUACUCUAUGAAUACACCAAUCUGUCAUGUAAUUUCAUAGCCUUCUGUUCCCUUAGAAAAAGGAUCCUUCUCAGUCACCCUAAGGUUUCAUCUUUUCAGAGAAAAAGAAAUUUAAUUUUUGUAACUUGGCGGAAGAUACAGUAAAGGUGAGUAGUAUAAAGGGUAGAGCAGGGGGGGAUAAUUGAAGGUUUCUGUUGCAUCUAAACAGUGUCCAGCAGUGUGACUUCCUUUCCAUACUGGACUAACAUAAAUUUUUUUUCCAGAACUCAAUCCAACUUAAUUAAUACAUGUAUGGACAGCCUGGAAGGAUCUGUUGCAGUAAAUCAAGUCUUCUAUGCCAAAUAGAGGAGGCUUUCUUCUGAAAAAAAAGAGUGAUACUUAACAGAGGGAUCACAAGAGAGAGACUAUUGAAUAAAUGUGAAUCCAGUGGAACACACCUACAUAUUUUGUGCCUUGUAAGGAAUUUUGCACACUUGUGUUAUUGUGAAAGAUUACUUUUCCUGAGUAAGUGCUGAACCCUGUUGCUGCCUUCUUCUCAACCGAGUUAGAUAUGUUUACAUCUUCUGAGACAGCAUCAGAAGAAAAUCUCGUGGAGUAUCCAGUGAUGAAACAGAGGGGUAGCAGACACUAAAGAAUAACAGCAAACCUUUUCUAGCUUGUGUUGUAGCAUAUUCUGAUUUACUUGCCUGCUUGCUUAAAUCUGGGCUUGUAAGUAUAAAUGAUCACAUCCUUGCUGGGGAAAAGUGCUUUUGUCUGUGAACAUUUAGUGUGGCUAUGGUGGAGGCUUUUCUGCAUCUUUAGAAUUAUGCAAAAGACUUUAUCCUUUGGUUUCAAGGGGAUGGACCUAAGUGUUCCUACCUCCUUUGGUGGUCUUCGCAAUCAGGUUAAUUCUUUGGGGAUUGGAAUGUGCACACAGAUAAUUUCUGGUCUGCUGGCACUUUUGCAGGUUAUAACUAGUUUGUGGAAUUCAUUGCCACAGCUACUGCUGAGCUUAGUUGCCUCAUUUUAAAGAAGAUGAAAAAUGUUCCAUCUUUGGAAGAUAGCAUGUGGUUCAUGUAGAUGACAACUGCCUGGAAUUACAACUUCAGUUGCAUGUGAAAGGGUUUCUUGAACUCCUCCAAAGUGCCUGGACUGUGAUACUGCUUGACAUGGAGCUGUAGCUGAUACAGUGCUCUUGAAUUUUGCUGCGGACAGUUGCCGUCUGGUGUUCUUCUGGCUGGACAGCACAAUAUUUGAAAGAUUAACAUGAAGAGACAAACGUGUGGAAUUGAAAAACAUGGUAUUUUAUGUAUAAUUUAUGCACAAUUUAUUCUUCAUUUUAUUACACUACUUACUAUAUGCUGGUUUGAGUCUGUUCGCUGUAGCUCAGUCUGAAGAUUAAGCAGAAUUACAUUCCUGGUGAAUGCAUUAAUUUUGUGAAUGCAAAUCUUAUCUGUUGGAGUGUUUUCCUUUUUUUUUCUUAAACUAUUUUCUUUUUUUGUACAGCACACUGUAUGAGGCAAAGGAGGGAAAUGCAUAAUUGAAUCCUAGAGGAUUUGUGUUUGACAUGAUCGAAAUUCCUGUGUUGGGAAAACCCCGUUAUAACACAGGAGCUGAACCAGCUGCAAAGGAGUGCAAAGUGUACUGGUUUUGCUUGCUUAUUCUACUGGGAAGAACAGAGAGUUUGAUUCCUCCAAAUGGCAGGGUUUGGCCUUUAACUGAGUAUCUCCCAACAGGUACUCUUGCUUCCACAGCAGAGGUAUUCAGCCACCUCCUGGCCAUCUCGUGCCAUGGGCCAUUUCCCCCAGUAGUUGAUAACCCAAUAAGAAUAAUGUCUGGACUGUGGCAUCACUACAUAAAAGUGUCAUAUUACUCCUUCCCAUAGAGGAAAGGGGGCAGCAUCCUCUUGGAUAUUGUGAUCCCAGCUUCAUCAGUAAUUUGCUCAGGACCACAAACAGACAGAAUUGUGUUUUGGUUGUUAUUAGUCUUUCUAACAGGUCUUAUCAUUUACAUGUUUUCCUAAUAGUCCCAGCAUUCCAUAUGUCUCUAGGAUUGGGGAAGGCAGAGGAGAGAGGGGAGAAAGAGGUUAUUAUUUGGAUUCGUUGUUUGUUGUAAUUUUUUUAUCAUCUUUCUUGUUCUUCAACCGGGUUUUGUUCUUCUUGCCUAAAAAGGUUUUUUUUGGUACUUACCUUUAGAGUUGCUGUUAGUGUUAAGGUUUAAGGCACUGUAAGAAGGAGACCACUGAGACCACACUCAGCAUUACUUCAGAGUGCAAAAGGUUCCUAUGAUAUCAAAAUUGCCUUCAGUGGUUAAAGACAUUUAAGCUUUCUUUGAUUGUCUCUGUAAUAAGAGAUUUUGUAAUGAACUUCUGCUUUGUGUGAACAUAGAUUAGUGUCACCAUAGUGGCAAAUGUAACAUGAAAAAAAUCUUAACCUCCCUUAGGUUUUAUGAAGGAUGGAGUCCCAGGGUCUAUCAAAGAGUGUGGGGUGAAACUAAUGCUUUUUAUCUGAUUUGAUAGAAGUUGGGGACUUAUGAAACUUAAUGAGUUUUCUCGAAGAACUCAAGCUCUAAGCACCUGACAAGGUGUUUGAUUCUUUUGACCCGUGGGUUCAAUAAGAACAAGGCAAGGGAAGAGGAGAAAACAGUUAAUUUGUAACUCUACAGGGACCUACAGACAAGGGCUCAAGAUGUGCAGAAACGUAAUGGGUAAACGUUGUCCCCAGCAAUCACAAAUUCCAGAUCUGGGCAAAGGAUACAGAGAUACAGGAUACAGAGAAUGGUACCCUUUGUAAUCAAGAGGCCAUUAUUACCAAGUCUCUAUUAACAGCAGACUAAAAGGGUAUUUUAGCACUUUUGUACUUCAUACUGAAUAAAUUACACAUUUUGGAGCCCUCUUACAAAUUCCUUCCUGUUGCUUUUUCCCUUUUCUGCUUGUUCUUGAGGUCUCAGGACCAGCCUUCUGCCUUUCAGUGUUCCUUUUUUCUUCCUCAAGGACAAUGCUGUUACAAAAAGUACCUUUCUCACCUCUCUCUGUGCCUCCAGAAGGGCUACCUCUCAUUUGUGCCCUCUGAAGAGAGAGAACUGGCUGUGCAUUGUCUCUUCAGAAAACCAGAAGCAAAAGAGCAGGAGGUACCUGCAAGAGCAGCAAAACAGAAUGCACUACAUAUAAAAUAGAAAUAUGCUCUAUGGGCUUUAGAAAGGGGAUAACACUGGGGAACCCAGUAUAGACAAGUGGUCAGUAUUUAGACAUUUUUUCGUAUAUGUUGUAAGAAAUUUUUAAUAAAAGACACUUUUAAUAAAAGACACAAUAAAAUAAUUAUGGAGACUAUUCCAAGGGCAAAGCAAGCCAAAUCGACACUGAGAACCUGGUAGUGGUAUACAUUUAAAUCUAAAAUGAUCAAAAGUUAGUUUUUUAUGUGUUUUAUGCUAAAUAGACAGUGAUUUCCAAGGUUUAGCCAAAUAAGUUAGAGCUCUUAAAGUUUCUUUUCUGUGUUUUAAUAAGUUUUCCUGUUUUAAAUGCAGAUGUA